AGGCCUACAUGAGGCCUCAGUAGUUGUUUGGAGUCGGACGGAAGAGGCAACGAAGUAAUCAGGUAAUCAAAUACUUAUUAGGCGCUAAAUAAUAAUGUGUUGACUGUGGAGCAAGAAUUCUUAUCGAUGGCAGCUUGUGUGGCUUCCCCAUUGUCUGUUAAGCUGCAUAUGCUGACGAGGCCUAUUAGAGAGAGAGACCUUUCAUUUCAGACUACAAAUUUUAAGGCUAUUCACAGAAAGAAUUCCAGUAAUGGCUGUAAAUUCGGUCAAUUCUCUUCAUGGAGAAUGUUUAAGCUAAGUGCUGGUGGUUCCAAAAAUUUGAAUAUUAGUCCUCAUCUUCGGGUGACCUCCUUGAUGAGCAUUGGCUUGGGGACAUUAGUUGAUUUUGAUGGUGCAACGGCCUCUGAUUUUGUGCCAGUUGUUGACCAGGUGCUUUUGAUGGCCAGUAUAUUUCUCACAUAUAUGGCUGGAGUAAUUCCUGUUGAAAAAUCUUAUGCUGGUGGUCAAAAGAUCAUUUCUGAUAAAAAUUUGGUUGCUGAAACCUCAGACAAUUCUGGUAGUGCUAUGGAGAAUACUUAUCAACUUAAUUCAAAGUAUGUCUUGAAUGUUGUGAGGGAAAAGCUUUUGAAUUCUCUAAACACUUUAGAAUACAAGGCUUAUUCAGGAGACUGCAUCAUUCAAUCUGUAAAGCGGCCCUUGAGUUUGAAUGCUGUUGCUGAGGGUCCAAAGUUACGGUUGCUUUGGGCUGCUUUUGAGAAAAUUGCGGAGGAGGUUAAUAAUAUCUCAAGCAGUGCCAAACCUGUCAUUAUGGAUGAUCGGUUGAGAGUGUUUUCCGAAGUUGUUCAAAGAUCCUAUUGUUCCAUAUGUAUGGCUUGGCUGGAAAAGGAGUUUUCCCUUGGAAAAAGCAUUGCUGAAAAGAAACUUGCUUCUUUGAUACUUGAAAAAGUAAAAGGAGACAGCAUUAUUGUGCAAAGCAUAAAAAAAUCUGGGAAGAUGGAUCUUUAUGCAGAAUUACUGUGCUAUCUUACUUAUGGUUCUUUCAGGGAGGAUUUUUGCUUUGAUUCCUCUUUAUUUGCUUUGCAUGGGAUUUCUAUAUUGGAGGAUCUGGUGAUAACGUUAGCAGAUGGGGUUGCCACCUUGUAUUUGGAGUUCAUUUCUGUUGAUGGUGACAUGUCAAGUGAAACAAAUAGGUUAGACUUGUCGUUAUGUGCUUUUUCCACCAGAGAACUCCAAAAAUUACGGAAUGAGGUAGCCUUGAACCAGUGGCUGUACCACAACAUGGACACAGUUGUGUCUAUGUAUGAGGAUCGCUUUGACUUGUGCACUCUGGAGAGUCGACCCAUUGAUCUACCAUGCAAUAGUCAGACUGAAAAUCAAGGCUGGUGGAAGAGGUUUACCCAGGGAAAUGCGAAUACUGCGUCAGCCAAAUUACAUUACAUUGUGAUAAGCAGUCUCCCCAUAGUUGUAAAGCGAACUAAGGAAUUGAGAGCCCUGACAGGAUGGCGAUAUUACUUCAGCCUUUUCCUUGAAUUUUCUGACAUCGCCAUGCCUCUUAUAAGAGCUAUUGUUGAUAAGUGA